UUUUUCCUCAUUUUUUUGAUACUUGAACUCGAAACCCCUUAUUGAAAUUUACACUCCCACCACUUAUUAUACACUUUCUAAUAACCACUAAAGUAAAAAAGCAAAAGUAAAAAACCAAAUAUUAUAACUAACAAACAAAACCGAACCUUUUGGUUGUUAAGAAUAUGGUAAUAAUCAGUACACCGGCGUUAACAUCAUUUCAUAUUAACCGUUUUAACCAUCACUGGCGGUGUCCCCAUCCCUCUUCUUCCCUUUUUCCGUCCGCCGCUACCGCCCCUCUCCUUCUCAUUUAUCUCAUCAUAAUUUCCUCCAUUUAGAAAAAAAAAUAAUUUUAAAAUAAAAACCUCCAUUGAUGGACUUGUAAAAAACGAAUUUUUUUUUUUUUAUAAUGUCUUCCAGCCACCAAGGUGGGAUGGAUUUGGAAAUGGGGCUACCUCCAGCGCCACAUCCGAUUUCUAACAUGAAUUACCCUGGUGAUCCAUCACCAUCGCCGUCACCACGAGCACCGGCACUUGUGGUAUCAAAUUCAAGCAAAGCUCUGAUGCCAUCAAAUUCAAGUAAAGCCCUGUUUGUGUCAAAUUCAGGGAAAGCAUUACUUUUAUCAAAUUCAGGGAAAAGGAUAGAUCCAACUGGGAAGAAAAAGUACGUGAAGCAGGUGACGGGGCGACACAACGACACGGAGCUACAUCUCGCGGCUCAGAGAGGGGACGUGGGUGCUGUGAGGGAGAUAUUAGGGGAAAUUGACUCUCAAAUGUUGAAGACAAUGAGCGGCGCGGAGUUUGAUGCAGAGAUGGCUGAGAUAAGGGAAGCAAUGGUGAAUGAGGUAAAUGAAUUAGGAGAAACCGCGUUAUUUACUGCUGCUGAAAAGGGACAUAUUGAUGUUGUUAAGGAGUUAUUACCAUAUAGUACUAAGGAAGGGAUCACCACGAAGAAUCGUUCUGGUCUUGAUCCCUUGCACAUUGCUGCUAACCAAGGUCACCAAGAUAUUGUUAAGUUACUGUUGGAGCAUGAGCCAGAGUUGAGCAAGACACUUGGCCAAUCAAAUGCAACUCCUCUUGUAUCUGCAGCAACAAAAGGGCAUACAGCAGUUGUCCAUGAAUUGCUUUCCAAGGAUUCUAGCUUGUUAGAGAUAUCAAGAUCCAAUGGAAAAAAUGCGUUGCAUUUAUCUGCACGCCAAGGCCACGUGGAUAUUGUUCGAGCUUUGCUGGAAAAGGAUCCACAGCUGGCAAGAAGAACUGAUAAGAAAGGACAGACUGCUCUACAUAUGGCUGUAAAAGGUAUUAGCAGUGAAGUGGUGAAGUUGCUAUUGCAAGCAGAUCCAGCUAUUGUAAUGCUUCCUGAUAAGUUUGGCAAUACUGCAUUACAUAUUGCCACACGAAAAAAGCGGUCAGAGGUAGUGCAUGAGCUCUUGUUGAUCGACGACACAAAUGUCAAUGCAUUGACAAGAGAACACAAAACAGCUCUAGACAUAGCUGAAGGGCUUCCUAUGUCUGAAGAAUCCACAGAACUAAAAGAGUCCUUGAUGCGUUAUGGUGCUUGUAGAGCCAAUGAAUUAAAUCAGCCUCGAGAUGAGCUUAGGAAGACUGUGACAGAAAUUAAGAAAAACGUUCACUCCCAGCUUGAACAAGCUCGACGGACUAACAAGAACAUGACUGGUAUUGCAAAGGAGCUUGAAAAGCUCCACAGAGAAGGAGUAAACACUGCUACCAAUUCUGUAACUAUUGUUGCCUCUCUUUUUGCAACAGUAGCUUUUGCUGCUAUAUUUACAGUUCCUGGUGGUGAUGAAGAUUCUGGAUACGCUGUGGCAUCCAACACUCCCGCAUUUAAGAUUUUCUAUUUCACGAAUGCUCUUGCACUCUUCACGGCCCUGGCUGUUGUGGUUGUACAAAUCACAGUAGUCAGGGGAGAGACAAAAACAGAGAAAAGAGUUGUUUCGGUGAUUAACAAACUAAUGUGGUUGGCCGCCGUUUUCACUAAUCUGGCCUUUGUAUCUGCCUCUUAUGUAGUUAUUGGCCGGCGUAAUCUAUGGGCCGCAAUUUUUACAACAGUUGUCUCCGGAAUCAUAAUGGGAGGGGUUUUAGGUGCCAUGACUUAUUAUGUUAUAAAGUCUAAAAGGAAUCACAAAAUGAGGAAGAGGCAGAAGCAUACAAGGACUAGAACCAGCUCAUUUCAGACGAACUUAUCCGAUUCAGAUUAUAAUCCAAUGUUUGCUCUCUGAUUCGAGCUAGUGGUUUCAGAGUGUGUGUGUUAUCUCAGACAAGAUACGAAGAACAGUAAUCUGUUGCAGUAGAUCACUGCUGGAAAUACUGAAGCUGCAUUUCAGCAGUUUUGUAAAUAAAUUCGUCCCUGGAAACUGGCUGGAAAUAUUAAUGGUAGAUGAAGAGGAGAAAUCAAUCCCAGAAAAAUUGAUUGUGGCUCUGAAGAACCUUGUGCACAAGCACUAUUGCAGAAGGUUUUUGUUUGUGCUAGAAGUGGAUUAUUUGAAUUUCUACUAAAGCAAAUAUACAUUGUCCCCCUAUUCUUUUUUUUCGUUUCUCUUAAAUUCAUUUUUGUCGAUAAAAUUUUGCCUUAUUCUUUGUUGGUAUAUUUCUUUCCAUGAUCUCAACUAUCAUCUUGUUUAGUAAAAUGUUGUUUCUUUUA